CUCAGGCAGCGCCUGGAGCGGUGUCCCACCGGGAAUCAGCUCCUCUGCUCCGGACACUCCUGCUGUUUAAUUAAACCCCUGUCAGAGGCCUUGGGUUCCCCAGGACAGAGAUAACCCAGUUCCAAGACGAGCCCUGGGCACAAAGAGCUUGUGUGGUACGAGAGGCGCAACCAGGACACCCUCGAGCCCCACACGGGAACAAAAGAUGCCAUAAGAUGAUUUUUCCAUCCCUGCCGCUUCACUCCAUGGUCUGGGCCAGCAGCUGCUGAGAUGGCACAGAGCACUGAGCUCCAGCCAAGCUUUGAGGACGUGUUUAAUAUUCUGUCCCGGGUCCCACAAGACAAACUCCUGAGCCUCAAACUCAAACUGAGGCACCUGAUACCCGGGCCCAGCAGCAAGCUGCUGCAAGCCAUGGUCCUGCUCACCCUGGGGCAAGACACGGAGGCAAGGAUUUGUUUGGAUGCCUUGAGGGAUAACCCAGCAGCCCGGUAUGUCCAGCAGACCAAGCUGGGUGCUGCAGGAAGGCAAGAGGAUGGGGAGGAUGUGCAGCCUCCCCAGCUGGAUGCAGGUGCCGUGGCACUGCUGGCACAGGUGUACAAAGUGUUGGCACAGGAGAAGCUGUGCAGUCCUGAGGCCUGGGACAAGGCCCGCCAGGCUGCCACCAAAGCCUGCCAGGACACUCAGAGGGGGAUGCUCAACAACAUCCUACCUGAGGAGCAGGGGUUUGCUACCAGCUUGGGCCCGAGUGACAGAUUUCAGACGCUGAGAUCCGAUGAGAACACGGGAUUUCUCCGGAGGGGCAGCUCCAGUUACGUGCUGAGAAGUUCUCCAGUGCAGAUCGGAGGCAACUCCGAGCUCUCAGCCCCACGGACCUUGUGCUCCACGGGGAGCUCCUCUCUCCCCAGCUCUUUGGAGGUCAGUGAAUCGCCAACACUGGUUUUCCACAGCCCUCCCUCUCCCCCUGAGGGCGUCCCCCAGCCCAGCAGUGCUGGACACCCCAACAGGGACACACAGAGCCCCCAGGAAUCCAGCUGGGUCAGCAGCCCCAGCUCCCACCCCGGCCAGGACACAGGUGCCCAAGUGCCCCGGCCAGAGGAAGGUCUGCAGGGCAGUUCCUGCCACCCAGAGCUCCCUGUUCCCUCAGAGGGGGCUGUGAUCCAGCCUGCCCAAAGCAGUGACAUUCCCAGCACAGUGACAGAACCUUCUGCUCCAAGAGAAAACACGUAUGAAAAGCAAGAUGAAAAGCAACUAUCUACUGGUCCUCCUGACCCAGGAGCUGCAGCAGGCACUGAUAUGCCAGCAGGCAUUCCUUGUAACUCUACAUCUGCUUCUAUUCCAACCCGUUCCUUUCCUCCUCCUCCCACACAAUCCUUAUCCUCAACCGUUCCUCCUCCUCUUCAGGAACCUCCUUCCAACUUCACUCCCCCUCCCCUGUGCUCAUCCCCCUCUCCAGCCUGGCCUCCUCCUCCUCUCCCAGCUGUGGACCCAGUGUCCCUGUCAGAGCCAGAUGGUGGCAAGUUCUUCACAUUUGUUGUCCUGCAUGCCAGCGAGGAUGAGGUUGUUGCCCAGCGGGUCAAGAAGCUGCUGGAGAGCAUGGGGGUGUCCAACGGGGCCACACUCUGCGAGGAUUUCUCCGUCGCCGGCCGCAGCCACAUGGCAGGCUUCCUGGAGGCGAUGGAAAACUCCGCCUUCAUGAUCCUCCUGCUAACCAAGAACUUCACAAGCAACCUGUGUCUGUUCCAGACAGACACUGCUCUGAUGCAGUCCAUCCACGACCCGUCCAAGCACUACUCAGUCAUCCCGUUUUUACCCAAGGCGAACGCCCUGGAGCAGAGUCAGAUCCCCAGGAUGCUCAGCGCGCUGGUGACCCUGAAAGAGAGCUCCCCUCUGUUCCCCAAGGUGGUGCACAACACUUUUAACCCCAAGAAGAUCAGUCAGAAGAAAGCCAUGUGGGAGCAGAUGCAGAGAAGGAAACUCCAGCUGCGCUGGGAAGAGCAGCAGGCCCAGAAAAACUUGGCUGCCCUGAGCCUUGGCCUCCCUUCCCAGGUGCCUCCAGCAGUGACACAGCCGUGGCCACCAGAGCCAUCCCAACAGUGGUGUCCCCACACCCCCACGGUCCCUCCCUCUGCUGGGCACCACCCACAAGCUCAGAUGGGUCCCCCCAGUUCCCAACCACUGCUCCCACCAGGCCACUACAACAUCACGCCAGGCCCGGGAGGGAUCGUCAUCCAGCACGCGCGGAUGGUCCAGAUCGGGAACCACAACACCAUGCAGGUGGAAACUGGGCCACAGGGCAGCGAGGGGCAAACCAGGUACCCUGUCUGAUCGGGGUCAGCCAAGGUCAGAGGCAAAACUGAUCUCAAAUCCUAGAUUACAGUGAUUCUGCUGGGACUAAUCUCACUUCUCUGGGGGUCAAAGGUGCCGCUUUCCUGAAGCAUAGAAGAAAAUUCCUGAUUUUAUGUUGGACUGUUUUCCUUGUGAUUAUUCUCAUAUAACUGAGAAAACUAUUUUCCUGAUUUUCUGGGGCUACUUGAAGAUUUUAUAAAUAAAUU